AUGUCGUCGCAGACCAUGACGGCGCCAGCAGUGGGCCAUCGUCCGCCUGAUCCAGGCACGGAUACGCCCAUGUACGACUAUGGCGGCUCGCAGAAUCACCCCUCGCCCCCGACCGACGUUAGAAGCGACUCCGCAAUCCGCGACAUGCAUAAUUCUGCCCCAGCCUCUAGGCCCUUGCCCGCCACCCAGAUCGGAAUUAAGACAGAGCAAUCGGAUCACCAUAACUUGAUGAUGGGUGACGCUGAAAAGGACUCGAAUGCUCAAUCCGCCGCCGGGGCACUUUUGGCUCAACUAUUGGGGAACCAGUCCACAUCGACCUCUGCUUCUGCGCCGGAGCAAUCUGUUGGACAACAAAUCGAGCACCAGGACCUCAAAUUGCACAUCUCAAAUCGCCCGUCAAUAGACCAAACCGCUGAUUCCUCGAAAUUCUUUGACUCGGAUCUCCCCCAUGAUCAGGAUUCGGCCUUCACAGCUCAAGGAAUGCAACAUAUUUCUAAUGGAGGUUUCUCUACAGCCGAUAUCUUUGCAGGAAUUGGUACAACUCCGCAGGAAGGUAGCAGUGCAGGACAUCGACUUUCAGAUGCUAUGGAUACCCUUUCAGAUCCAUUGAACCCCAAAUUGAGCAUGGAUCAGCCCUCCCUUUUGCCCCCUUUCGACAUAGGAGGAAUUCCGAAGAAUGCGUUCGAAGCCCUGCAACAAAACGAACUCCUCACGGCUGCAUACCUUUCACAAAGCGCUGAUUUAUCAGCUCUGGGAUAUCAAGAUGGAACUACCUCCGUUGCGGGGUCCGAGCCGCGCAUUCAAGCAUUUGCCAAGUUAGAGUUUGAUGAUGGUCAUUUUUAUGUCAACACAUACUCGUUCAUUCUGGGGCGAGAUGUUCGAGCUGCGCGUGCUGCUCAUCAGCGAGAGGUCCAAUUCCGGCAGGCCGUGCGGAGCUCUCGGGCAAAGAGCUCAAGUGGCGGUAAUACAUCACACACGCCGAAUCGAAUGAAGCGGGAAGAAAGUGCAGCCAUGAUGGGCAGUGUUGUCAGUGAUCGAGGAGGUAUUAUGGGCUUUGAUCCCGAUGUUCCUCCGCAUCUUCCAACCAACCUGAAUAUCAGCCGGCGAUCAUCAAAGUCUUCACUGGAUGAAUCGGCAAUGCCCAUUCAUGCUAAUCCAGCACAAUUACAAACGACAACAUCUACAGACUAUAAUGCGCUUGCAAUGCAAUCUUUACAAGAAGGGAAUGGUGAAGCAAAGCCUGUUGAUACAUUAGCUUUGCUGCCAUCUCCUGACUCCUGCCCCACAAUUCCUAUUCAUCCCCCAUCAACUAUAGAUGGCACUGCCGCGGGUCAUCGUGGUAUCUCGAGGCGACAUGUUCGCAUUGCCUACAAUUUUGAUCGUAGCUUCUUUGAGAUGGAAGUUAUGGGUCGCAAUGGUGCAUUUAUUGGAGCGGAUUGGCUUUCACCAGGACAAGUCCGACCCUUACACAGUGGUGAUUAUAUCCAAAUUGGAGGUGUGCGCAUUCGAUUCUUACUACCAGACGUCCCUAUUGGUGAGACUGGUGCGGAUCGCCUGGAAGAAGAGGCAGCGGAAGAAGAUGAUGAUCCAGAUUCCAUUGAUGCUGAACAUGAGAUUGAUGACAUGGACAGACACAUGAGCGAAAGUGUUGAAGGCAAGGAGUCCAGGAUGACCAAGAUUGUCCUCAAAACUAAGGAUACCGAUUCAAGUGCUCUACCUUCUAUCGAAGGUUCGGGUGAUCAACCUGCUGCACGUCGUCGCGGACCUGGCAGGCCUCCUAAGGACGGAAUUAUGUCUAAACGAGAAAGGGCUGAACUUGCCCGGGAGCAAAAGAUAGCUGCUAAGCGCGAGGCUAAUGGUGGUGUCACACCGCCACCGAUGGCGGCAAUACCAGUGCAAAACCGACCUACUAAGGCAGGAAAAACAAUAACCAAGGAGUCUGUGGGUGCCGAAUCACCGACCUCGUCAGUCAAGCCAGCAGAAAAACGGAAAUACAACAAGCGGAAGAAGGAUGGAACCUCGAUGGACUACCCUCUGCCUUCUACCGAAAGUGGACAAUUACCCACAGAGCAACGGCCCGAGGAAUAUGUCAAGCCUCCACCGGUCAAGAAGCGCAAACCGUCUCGGUCACCUUCUCCCAAUUAUCCUCCUGAGUCUGCUUACACGCCGGAGGAUUUGGCCAAGCCACCAUACAACUACGCUGUUCUCAUUUUCGAUGCCCUUACGGACGCUGGAACCCCGAUGACGUUGAAGCAGAUCUACCGCGCAUUAAAGUUGAAGUAUCCUUAUUUCCGCUUCAAGUGCGAGACAGAGGGCUGGACAUCAAGUGUACGACACAAUCUCAACGGCAACGGCCACUUGUUCAUGCACGCAGAGCGAGAUGUGCAGUCGAUGCCUCCGCGACAAAAUCCUCUGCCCCCUGGACCACCGGAGUCAUCCUCAUUCAAUGAUCGUGCUAAUAAGGCCAUUGAUGACUUUGAAGCCGUUCUUAUGGAGGACUACGAGGACAAAAACUACAUUCGGGAGGUACUUCGAAGUGCUCGUGCGCGUGUUUUGGGUAAUGCUACUGAGAGCUCGUUCCCCGGUGGAGAACCCAAGGACGAGGGCGUCAUCAUGGACGUACUCCGCAAUCUGGUUGGAAGCUUGAAAGACGAGUAA